AUGGUUUCGUUGUUUGAUAUGAUGCUGCAAAAGCCGACUUUCAACCAUUUAUCGACGUCUAUACCAUCGUUAGAUUCGUUAUUGAUGAAGACUAUAAGUAAUGGUAUUUAUGAUUUUGAAAGCGUGCCCAAUUGCACUGGUGUUUCAUUUGUUGUUGGAUCGCUCAUAGUAUCUCAUUUAAGUCAUAGCAGUGAAAAUCGAGCCAUUAUUAUUGAUACUUUGCAUCCGUUCCCUUGGCAUAGUGUAGUGAAGAACGAAAAAUUCCAGGACGAAUGGCUAGAUAAUAAGCUAAUAUCGUAUACGGCGGAUACGUUUGCGAAAUUAUUUGCACUUUUGAUGUCAGAUAAGUUGGACGGGCCAAAAGAAUCGACUAUCGUUGUAAUAAAUAACUUCCAUGAACUCCUCGAGCUAUAUAAAUUGGAGUUAUCAGCGGCGUAUGAAGAAGCGCUCCUAAAGUUCCAGGUGUUAACUAACUCGAUCUUAAUAAAUAGCCGGGAAAAGAGUAAGGCGGAAGGGUACCAGCCUAAGUUGCCUGAAAUACCGGCACAAUCAGCAUUGCUAAGAGAAAAUCCGGCUUUGAAGUACCAGUCGCAUGCGAGCACCUUAACCAAUAUGAUAUCACAGUAUACAUAUAAGAACAGCCUGAUAUGCAUUUUACUUGGAUACCUAAGCUCCAAAUAUCAAAACUAUCGUCCGAAGCCAUUUUUGACAAAUGGGUCUGGGUAUGAUAGUCAAGUACCGUCUUCAGCAUCUUCAAGUACACCAUUGUCACAAGCAAGACCAUCUCUGAGCUAUGGGAGUGGGCGUCUUGUUCUCUCUGCCUCUCUAGGCGGUAAUUACACUCCUACAAAUUCUGCAUCUGCGUCUAUGUCGAGGAAGACUUCGAGCUCUACUAAUUCUUCGCUAGAUAGCUUUAUCACCUCGAGACUAAUUUUCUAUAAGGAUUGGUACCAUAAAACACCACAUUUCAAAGACAACCAUACUUUGCAACAAGAUGAGAUGCAAAAAAGACUAAUCAGCUCGUCCCAAUUAAAAAUGGUCUUUGCAGUAAAAACGAUUAAUCUACAUCAGAUGGGAUCUGAAAAUGGUCCAGUGUAUUUUGAUUAUGAUAAUGGCUAUUACGAUGAUUUUGAAGAGGAAGAUGAGAUCAACGGAGCUCCAGAAACACGUAAUAUUAAGAUCAUAGAUUUGUCUGGGUCUACUCUGAUACCAACAGAUGGUACCCCCGAGCCCAUGCCUCCAUUGCAACCAUCCAUUGUACAUAGUCCAAACACCCCACAUCCGGAGGCUACUGGUACAAACGGAAUCUCAAGUCAUUUACACGAUUCAAGAAUAGAGAAGGAAAGGUUUCUUCCUUCGUCGCCAAACCUAACAGAGAGUCAGAUUAACACGUUCUUACCUUCCACUGAUUCACAGAAUAUAAGCAAAAGCCAGCUUUCGCAAUUAGUUCAAGAAAAUCAGCAUGAAUUUCCAGAAGCUAAGAAUAGAGAAGAUCUCGAGCUGGAAAUAGAUGCAUCUGAUGAUGAGAUUAUGGGUUCAUUACUAGUAAAUAUAGUUGAUGAAGCUACUAAUUAG